AUGCUCCGCCUCCGGAGCUGCGUCCUCUCCCACCUCCUCUCCUCUCCCGCCACCUCCCCACUCCCCUCUCUCCACCGCCUCCUCUCCGCCGCCGCCGCGCCCGCCGUCUCCCCCAACUCCGGCUUCGAAGUGGAGGAGUACCUUGUCUCCACCUGCGGGUUGACCCGAGCGCAGGCGCUCAAGGCCUCCGCCAAGCUCUCCCACCUCAAGUCGCCCGCCAAGCCCGACACCGUGCUCGCCUUCCUCGCCGGCCUCGGCCUCUCCGUCGCCGACGUGGCCGCCCUCGUCGCCAGGGACCCGCUCUUCCUCUGCGCCGGCGUGGAGGGGAACCUGGGCCCCGCCGUCGCCGGGCUCACCGGCCUCGGCCUCUCGCGCCCUGAGGUCGGGCGCCUCGUCUCGCUCUCCCCGGACCGAUUCCGCCGCAAGAACGUCGUGCCCAAGGUGCGCUACUACCUGCCUCUCUUCGGCUCCUCCGAGGACCUCCUCUCCGGGGUCAAGCGCGGCUUGUUCCUUCUCUCCGUCGACGUCGACCGGGUGGUCAAGCCCAACGUCGCGGCCCUGCGGGAGUGCGGGCUAUCUGUUCGCGACAUUGCCAAGGUGCUCAUCCAAAUGCCGAGGAUCAUCACCGCCAGGCCGGAGCGCACCCUUGCAAUGGUCGCGUGCGCCGAGCGUAUUGGUGUGCCCCGUGGCUCUGGGAUGUUUAGGCAAGCGCUGCAGGCUGUCGCAUGCUUCAGCGAGGAGAAGAUUGCCGCCAAAGUGGAACAGUUGAAGAAGACAUUGCGGUGGUCCGAUGCCGAUGUCGGCAUUGCUCUGUGCAAGUGGCCGACUGUGCUGAGGUGGUCGAAUGACAUGCUGCAGCGCAAGUCUGAGUUCCUCAUCUCUAAGGUGGGCUUGAAACCGGCAUACAUUGCCCACCGUCCGGCAAUACUCGGUCUUAGCUUGGAGCGCCGUCUCAAGCCCCGGUACUAUGUUAUGAGGUUUCUUAAGGAAAAUGGAUUGCUGAGUCAUGCCAGAGACUACAAUUCUAUGCUCUUGGUCAGCGAGAAGGUAUUUGUGGAGAGUUUCAUACGCCCCCACAAGCAAGCUGCGCCACACAUUGCUGAAGACUAUGCAGCCGCUUGCACAGGGGAGGUGCCUGCUAGAUUCAGAUUUACAUGA